GGUGUUUGUCAACUUUUACAUGACAUGUUGUGUUUAAUUGUUAAAUGCAUUAUUCAGUGGCGACCUAACACUUUUGAUGCAGAAGCAUUUAAUAACCCUUCUUUACAUGAUGUUGCUAAGACUAUAGUAACAUAUUGCAAAGAUGCAUUUGCUUCACCAAGUAAUUUAAGGAUAUUUAUACAGUCAUCACCACUGAAGUUCUUGCAAGCUAAAAUAUGUGAACGAAAGAUGACAGAAAUGAUUUACCAUAUUCAUCGUCUUCAAGCAUAUGACGUACUGACAUUGAAGAAAAUUGUUGAUGUUUUUAUGUUUCCUAGUGAUAAAAGUAAAAAGACAAAUACACAAGAAAAAAAUGGAUCAACAAGUAGAUCAUGCAACAGAAACCUUGUUGUAAAAUCAAGUGUAAAAGGGAACACAAAGCUGCAUGAAAGUUGUAAAAAAAACAAAUAUGGGGACUUGAUGGAUCUUGUAAGAUCAUGUGGCAAAGACAUAAAUGCGAAAAAUGAUAGACAGCGUACUCCUCUGCAUGAAGCGUGUUUAGCAGAGAGUUACUUUUGUGCUCACAUUCUCUUAAGCGAAACUGGAAAAGGUUUUUCUUUAUAUAAUAUCCCUCCAGUGGACAUAAAUGCAUCAGAUAGUGAGGGGUUCACUCCUCUUCAUUAUGCUGUUGCAAAGAAUUUAGUUCCAGUAGCAAAAGAACUAUUAGACCGAGGAGGUCUCCAGUUGUUAAAUGCAGUUGACAAGAAAGGUAGGAAACCAGACUAUUUCAUAAAAACACAAGAGAUGAGAGAUAUAAUUGAAAAUGUGUCAGCCAUUUUUGUUGGGAAAGGUGUUAAACAUGAAGUUCCUAAUUUUAAUAAUUACAAAAAUUAUGCUCUUUAUUUAAUUGCACUGAACUUUUUGCUUUCUUUUUAUUCAAAUAUGUUCAAUUUGUAUAAGUUUGUAUUUUCCAAGAAACAUAAAAUUGUUGUUAAAAGUCACAAGAAAAAAGAAUGUGCCCACUUUGUAUCAAGUCCUGAAACUAUUGUUUGUGAUGAAGAUUCAGAAUUUAUUGAAGAAAUGCCAGGACUAAUUGACACUUUUAUGGAAUCUGUGAAACUGCAAACUAAAGAAAAAGAAUUCCAUAUUGAUUUGGAGUUGCUGGCUUUCAAAGUGUAUGCAUCUAGUCUAGUAGAAUAAUUUAGUCCAUUUUUCUACUUUUGUAUUCAUAUUGUAUACUUACUGUAUAAUUUACCAAAAACUAAAGUGCUCUAAAUAUUCAUUUGGUGUGCAACUGUAAAGAAUGAGAUGUGAAUUUGUGUUUUAAAAUUGUGUAGACAGCAUUGUAUAAAUAAUGUAGCACGACCUUCAUUGUAUAAAUAAUUUUUCAUCAUAUA